AUGUGUCUUAAUCCCCUCAUUUUUUUAGUGUUCAUCAUCAAUCUUGUUUUGGGUGUCAAAGGAGACUUACCAGCUCCUUAUUACCCGAUAGACGACAUCGCAGUUAACUGUGGUUCGAUUGGGAACUCGUCUGCACUGGAUGGGCGGGAAUGGACCGGUGAUGUUGAUACUAAAUUCAGGCUUUCAAGAAAGCAAGCUGGGAACUCGGUGAGCUCGAGAGCAGUCCAUACAUCUCUUUCGGGUGAUCCAGUUCCCUACUUAACAGCUCGAGCUUCCCAUUCUGCAUUCUUCUAUACGUUUAAACUACAACCCGGUCCAAAGUUCAUCCGGUUACAUUUCAACCCUGCUUCUUACAUUGGGUUUGAAAUGUCUAACGAUUUCUUCAAUGUACAAGCUGGACCGUACAAGCUGCUACACAACUUCAGUGCUUCGUUAACUGCAUGUGCACUGGGCGUGAUCUCUUUCUCUAAAGAGUUUUGUGUGACUGUUGAAGAGAAUAAUGACUUGACCAUAGCAAUCUCCCCGUCUUAUAACAAUGCAUACGGUUUUGUGAACGGAAUUGAAAUCAUUUCCAUGCCUUCGGGUCUUUACUACACACGUGAAGGUGAACCAGGGGCGGACGUAGUUAGCCCUCACAGAUACAAGUUCUACAUUGACAACACUACUGCACUAGAGACGGUUCAUCGGUUGAACAUCGGAGGAAGCUCUGUUUCGCCAAUAGAAGAUACGGGAAUGUUCAGACGAUGGUCAAAAGACUCAGAUUACCUGUUGGAGAAAAACAACAAUGUCCAGGUAUAUCAUGCUACUAAUAUGAUCAAAUAUAUCAACAUACCAACAUUCUCUGCCCCUCUUAAGGUUUAUCAAACAUCAUGGUUAACAAGAUCAUCUUACACCAAGAAAUCGAUUACAAUUACUUGGAAGUUACCUGCGGAUUUAGGUUUCAGGUACCUGGUUCGCCUACAUUUUUGUCAGCACGGAAACAAGAAGAAAACCAAAACCGGUCACAACGAAUUUGGGAUUCUCAUCAACAAUCACAUAGCUGAAACAAAUGUUGAUGUUACCAAAUGGAGUGGCGGAUACGGGAAUGCUGUUUAUAAAGACUAUGUGACAAUAAUGAGAGGAGAUAAAAUGAAUGAUAAGGCUGAUCUUUUGAUCGUUAUCUUUUCAAAGAACGGGUUGACGGAAGGAAAGUUGAAUGGGUUAGAGGUUUUCAAACUAAGUAAUCCUGAUGAUAGUCUUGCAGGUUCGAACCCUGAAGUUCGACCACAAUCGUCAUCAAGUUGGAUGCCAAAGUUGCCAGUUUUUGGCUCCCUAAACGUGAUUGCCACCAAACUGAUCGUUUUGAUUACUACAUUGAACAUCAUCGUGUACAUUCAAAGAUGGUUUUGGGAGGAAAAGCUCGUGAAGAAGAACGUACCAUUACCAUCAGCUUCAGUAUCAUCAUCGGAUGAUUCGUGUCGUUGUUUUACACUUGCAGAGAUCAAUGCAGCAACCAGUAACUUUGACAACGCGUUGGUGAUAGGCAUGGGCGGAUUUGCAAAGGUGUAUAAAGGUGUAGUCGAUGACGGUACCAAAACUGUUGCUAUAAAACGAAUGACUUCAAGAUCACAAGAAGGAUCUCUCGAGUUUUGGAUGGAGAUUCAAAUGAUUUGGCGGCUUCGCCACAAUCAUCUUGUUUCUCUCAUUGGCUACUGCGAUGAUGGUACAGAGAUGAUCCUUGUCUACGAGUAUAUGCCUCGUGGUACCCUCGCAGAGCAUCUUUUUAAGCCCGGUCUAGAUAAUCGAAGCAGCUUUGAGCCACUCUCAUGGGACCAACGGCUCAAGAUUUGUAUCGGUGCAGCCCGUGGACUAGACUAUCUACAUACGGGUACUAAUCACGGAGUUAUUCACCGCGAUGUCAAGACAUCCAACAUUUUACUAGACGAUAAUUUCGUUGGUAAAAUUUCAGAUUUUGGAUUGUCAAAAGUGGAGAACACGAGUCAAUUGUUGGCGAAAUCAUACGUUAGCACAAAUAUAAAGGGUACGGUUGGAUACCUGGAUCCCGAUUACUUUUUGUCCCGUAAGCUGUCAAGGAAAUCUGAUGUUUAUGCAUUUGGAGUUGUGUUGUUUGAAGUUUUAUGCGGAAGACCAGCAGUUGAUCCUGGGCUUGAGGAAGAACAGCGCAGCCUUGCAUUAUGGGCACGGCAGAGCAUCCGAGAGAGAAAACUCGAUCAGAUUAUUGACCCAUGUUUGAGGGGUGAAAUAACGCCUCGUUGUCUGAAGGUAUUCACUGAAUUAGCGGAAAAGUGUUUAGAAAAUCAACCGAAAAGAAGACCGAGCAUGGCUAACAUAAUCUCAGGGCUUGAAUUUGCACUUGAACAGCAGGAAAUAAAAGAGUGGUUCAUACCUGAAGAGCCAGGAUAUGGUGGUAACCUUUCAGUUUCUAAUUCACCAAGAUCAGAACAAUCACCAUCAAAUGUGAGUAAAAAGAGUCUGAGGCCUAAAAGGUUGAAGAGCUGGAGAUGGGAUUUGCUCUGGAACGGAGUGAAAACCGUGAAAAUGGACUCAUUUGUCUCUAUCAGUAGUUCAAAGACGUAUGAAGAUAGCUGCAGGCGCUUUCUUCUUUCCGAGAUUCACUCAGCCACAAAUGAUUUUGAUGAAAACCUCAUCGUGGGAACUGGUGAUUUUAGCAUCGUGUACAAAGGGUACAUAGAUUACGGAAGUAGAGUGGUUAUCAUGAAGCGGUUUAAGAAGUUCAUGAUAGAGAGCUGGUCCAGGAAAACAAACUUUGCAUCUGAUUUUUGCAAAGAGAUUGAGAUGUUAUCCCAACUCCGGAAUCCCCAUUUAGUUUCACUUAUCGGAUAUUGUUAUCAUAAAUCAGAGAUUAUACUGAUUUAUGAAUACAUGGUUAAUGGUAGCCUACGCAGUCAUCUUUAUGGCAGCCAAACCAUUGAUCCGCUCACUUGGCAACAGAGGCUACAAAUAUGCAUUGAUGCCGCUAAAGGCUUGGAAUUCCUUCAGGCAGGUAAUGCCCAAACCAUUCUUCACCGCGACGUUAACCCAGGAAACAUUCUUUUGGACGACAAAUGGGUUGCAAAAAUUUCUGAUUAUGGACUCUCAAAAGUCGGCCCGCUGUAUGCUGUUUCAGAUAAUCUCACCACUGCUCUCGGCAAUUGCUUAGGGUACUUAGAUCCCGAAUGUAUGUUCAACAACGGCAACAAACCAACAGAAAAAUCCGAUGUCUAUUCAUUCGGUCUAGUUUUACUAGAAGUAUUAUGUGGUCGAAAACUAGAAGAUCACAUGCUUCAAAGAGAUCAAGUGUUCUUAAGAAGCUGGGUAAAGAGCAACAUUGCCAAAGGAACAAUUCAUAGGAUAACUGAUCCAUUUUUAAAGGGGCAAAUCACUCCCGAUUGCCUGAAAGAGUUCAUCAAGAUUGCUGAACGUUGUUUAGCUGACCAGAGUACCAAACGACCAUCGAUGACCGAAGUAGUUAAAACCCUUCAGUUUGCAGCACAGCAGCAAGGAACUGCAAAACAAAACUAG